AUGGAUGAAUAUGAUAAUAUAAAAUCACAUUCAGAUGUUGCUCCGAUUCCGAUUCAUCCACUGGUUCAAGAUUCCACAAACACAUCUAUUCAGAAUGAAUAUAAAGCCGAGAGCGUCCAAGAUACUCAGGUUGAAGAGAUAGCCUCUAAACUUGAAUCUUCAUUGAUUAACGAUAAUCAAUCCACUCAACCGCAGUUUGAUCACCCAAAGACCGCUCUCUCUAUCGCGCUGAACAAUGUUCAGACUAACACAAGGCCAGUAACACACAGGGUGGUCGACAUUCUGGACAAGUCAAUAGAUUGGGGGCCGACACAGGUGAUUAUCGACAUCGACGAUACGGUAAAGUCCAGCGGAGGAUAUAAGCUCUUUAAUGUCCCCCUAGGAGGAGUGGAUACACAAUACGGCCGAGGAGAACUGUAUCCAGGCUCAUUUCAAUUUAUAUUGGAGCUAUCCAUGCAUAAAAUGGGUAGGAACAAGAAGCCUCUACUUCUAUCGGUACUAACAACGAGAAUUCCACAGGUGCCAAUCACGGUGGAUUCGGCGCUUAAUAUGCGGCUGAGAGAGGUUGCGGAGCGCCGAGGAGUCUUAAACUGGGGGAUCGACUGCAACAAUAAAAUCCUCUACUCCACUCUGAGAGAGUGGGUGUUCAACGAGGCGCGGGGAGAGAAGAAAUUUGUCAACUUCAGGAAGCUCCUCAAGUUCGUGUCGAACGAAAACGCAAACGCACGCUAUAUAUGGAUCGGGGACACGGGAGACAGGGAUCUCGAGGCGGGAGAGAUGAUGAUCAAGUAUUUCCCGGGGAAGAUAAGGGCGGUCUUCAUGCACUGCGUGUCGAACGCGGACGGAUUAGCGAACGGCAUGCCCAACGACUACUACCUCAAGUCAGUGCCAGUUUUGUUCUUUAAGACGUACGUGGGAGCCGCGAAGAAGGCGGUGGAGCACGGACUGCUGAACCACAACGCACUCUCCAGAGUGCUCGUGAGGGCGGUGCUGGACCUGAACGACAAUACGACGUCCGACCACUCAAAAUGGAAAGAUUUGAUCAAGGAUAUCCUGGAGGUGGAAGAAAUCGCGAAUCUGAAAAGGUACGAGGCAGCACUCGUCGUGAAGACCAGGUCAAUUAUAGAGUCGAAAAUACGGGAAUUAUCGCAGUCCAUAAUAUAA